AUGUGCUUCACGAUCGACCAAUAUGAGCAGGCGUGUGGAUUUUUGCUGCUGAGCGAGUUCAACACAUUUAUUUACUGCUGCAAAAGGUGUCACUGUGAAUUUGAUUCCGGGCCCAAUUUGGAGGUGCACAUUCUCUCGGAGCAUGAACACGACAAGGCAUAUAUUGGAAAUGGGUUUGUGGACGAUGACAUUAUUGUGGAUGUUGGUGGACAAGAACUGAAUGAAUUUUUAGCAACAGAGGAAGUAUUGAUUGAUGGCGAACCGGUCGAUGUAAAAGCAGAAGAAAGCUUUAAAAUAUCGGCUGCAUUUGAAAGCAAUGUAAAUGAUGAUGACUUUGGAAACGACUUGGAAAUGAUUUCUACUGCUAAUGAAUCUGUUGUUGCCAUUGACGUUCCACUUGUUAAUCGGACCAAAAGAGCGGAAAAUAUGAAUGUUCUGGAUCAAAAUGUGAAGAAACCAAACCCGAUGGAUUCAGGCCAAAAAUCGCAAAGUUCAAACCAAAAAUCGAAGAUAUCUGCUGGAACAUCGAAAAAUUCCGAUAAAAUUUCAAACACUUCCAAAAAUAUUUCAACAACAAAAAUCCCAAUGAUAAGUCGAAUUGUAAAAGCGUUUCACGGUAGAGCAUCGAACGAAACACCAGUUAUUUUAUCAACAUUAGUCCAAGGGUAUGGCCUCACAAAUACAAAAGGAACCACUUCAGAAUCGACACACAACUUGCCGCCUGUAUUCUACUGUGAACACUGCCCGGGUGGGUUUUUCACUGUGAAACAAAAAUUGCGACAGCACAUGAAAACUCAUGUGAACGCAUUGCGACGAAAAAUGUGUCCAAUAAGAAAAAAGAACUCAAUUCAAAUCCCAAUGAUAAGUCAAAUCGUAAAAGCGUGCCGCGGUAGAGCAUCGAUCAAAACACCAGUUUUUCCACCAGCGUCAAUCCAAGAGUCGGAGAGCAAAAAACCAAAAGAAACCACAUCAGAAUCGACACCCGAUUUGCCGCCUAUAUUCUACUGUGAACACUGCCCGGGUCGGAUUUUCACUGUGAAAGCAAAAUUGAGGCAACACAUGGAAACUCAUGUGAACGCAUUGCGACGAAAAAUUUGUCCAAUAUGCAACCGUAAGCCCAUAAACUACGACAAACAUAUGAGAACGUUCCAUGGUGAAGUGGGUCCGCAUAAAUGCGAUUCUUGUCCGAAAUCAUUUCAAUACAAGUCUGGGCUAGUGUAUCAUAUGCAAAAGCAUGCGACAGAGAAACUCUUUCUGUGCGAAAUUUGUGGUAAAUCAUUUCAAACUAGUGCGCUGUUAGGAGGACACGUGAGGAUAAAACAUGAACAGAAAAAGAACCAUGCAUGUCACUACUGUAGUAAAUCAUUCUGCAGUCCUGCAAGUCUCAAGGAACAUACGAACAGCGUUGAUUUGAAAUUACGACCGUUCGACUGCGACAUUUGCGGAAAAAAAUUCAACACCAGACGAUCUGUGCGCUUACACAAAAUAACACACGGAGAGCCGUUGCUUCCAUGCAGAUUUUGUGACAAAAUGUUCAAACUACGCGAAAAUCGGCUGAAACAUCAAAAACGAAUUCAUGGUACUACUAUUUCAGUGGAUUUGAUUUGGCGAAAUUAAAAGCAGCAUACAGAAUCUCGAAAGAAGAGAAUUAAUCAAAUUGUUAUUUACAUUAAAUAUAUU